GCCAGCGGUCGUGUAGGAGGGGGUGGAUCGCUCGCUCGUUCGAAUUUCGAAUUUGACGAUCGCCGAUUAUUUAUUCUUGAUACUUUUUUUUUAAAUCUUUGAGAUCAAAAAACUUUUUUAUUGCGGGACAAUUAAGAUGAGAAUUUUAAUAUAAAGUGUGAAUUGUAACGUCAGUAUUUGUGGUUGUCUGUCAACGCUCAAACGGCUUCAUCAUCGCGAAGUUUGCCAACCGUCCCCGGUAGAUUGAUAAGAACUUCCCAGCGAAAAGUUCUCGUUCACAAAGUUGUCCUAAACUUUGGCCGUCCCCAACUUCACCGAAACAAUUCUAAGAAAGCCGCAGGGACACGAGUCUAAUUAAAUUCUUGUAAACAAAAAGUAAAAAACAUCGUUUUGCUCUGCAGUCAAGUGCAAUGUUUAUACUGUGAAGCAGUGUAGUGACACUAUCAAAAUGGCUGCGGCCAUGAUAAAGGACCGUGGACUGCGUAAAAAAUUAACCCAAGAAGCCAUACCAGAAAAAACACCCAAAAAACCAUCUAAACGCAAAUCUACACCCAGUAGCUCGAAAAACGAUAAGAAAAACGAGCAAAACAACAAUAAAAGGCCCAAGAUACAGACGGGCGAUCCGAAACUUGAUUUGUUUUCGACUUAUCAACCUUGGGUCAUUCAAACUUAUGGUGACUUGGCCAAAACAAAAACAAUCACUUUAAAAAAAUACGCCAGGAUUCUUAGAACUCUCCGCGGAGAGGAGUGCAACAGUUCUGAUAGUUCCAAGUUCCGGUUUUGGGUAAAAGCGAAGGGGUUUCAUGUUGGGAAGCCUCCCGGAUAUGAUGCGAAGCCCGCCGACAGCAUUGUAUGCAGAUACAGCGUUGCUGAUGCUGAAGGGUGUACUAGGGGCACAGAAGGACAGGAAGUAUACAGUGGCUCCCAAAAUGAUCCGCCACUUUACAUCCCAACUCCACCAUUAAAGAAUGCGCCAAAUCAAGAGCCUGUCUACAGAAAAGUAGCAAUUGUUGAAAAUUUCUUCGAUAUAAUCUACACAGUUCAUGUGGAACUUGAAGGUAGACCGGGAAAACAUGCGGGACAAAAACGAACAUAUCGAACUAUAACGGAAACAUACGCAUUCCUUCCCCGGGAAGCUGUCACCAGAUUCCUAACAGGCUGCGCUGAAUGUGCUCGACGGCCGCGAAGUGCGUCUCCACCUCCCCUACCAACGCCUUCACCAUCUCCGACCCGACAUCCCCCUUACCUUCCAUUCCUCCCCCACUGCCCUCCCGAUUACGCGAGAAACUGGGAAUCCGAAAUUGAUGCCGCACAAAACUAUUCCUUCGAGCCGAAAUAUGACUAUACAGAUCUCCAACCAUUGAAAAAAGUUGACAGUCCUCGUCCUACAGACGCAGAGGAUGAACCAACAUAUAUUGAGCUAACUCCAAAGAAAGCCGAUUACUCCUCUAUGAUAUUUCAAAGAAGUCCCUCAAUAGAGCCUUUAGAAUCAGAACCUAUACCCGCCGUUGACAUUGAAAAAGAUGACAGCUUGAUAGACGUCGAAGACGUUAGAGCUGACAGUCCCCUACAAAAAGAGGAAGAGAGUGAGAGAGAGGAAGUUAAGAAGUACAAUCCGUUAGACGUAGCUAAUUUGACAUCUAAAGAUCCGCCUAAAUCGUCUCCGCCGAGGAAGAAACUUUUGCCAUCUACUUCAGACUUUGGCAGAGUUCCAAAGCCGUGGAGGCCUGGAGGCUUGUAUUAUAGCGACGACGUAGACUUUAGUGUGCCGAUUACGACAGCAUAUUUGAAGCAUAUGAAGAAUGUUGCUUAUCAAGAGCGCUUGGAUGGUGAAAAUAAGGACAACUUAACCCCAGAGCCAAUAGAUAUGAACGACGAAGAUAACUUCUCUAGUCAAGGCUACGCGAAAGAUGCUGAGAAGUUGAAAAUGAUGUUGCUAGCUUGGAAUUACAACGGUCAAACAGGCAGGAACGGAGACUUACCAGAAACUGGUACGGACAGUAGUAUGGCUGACCUGUGGGCCUCCUACCACAGCGCCUUGGGGCUCGGCACCAAACCGCCUAAGCCUUCCACGCCUCUCACAACCGGACACUCGAGUCCAAUCCACGUUGGUUCAACACCAGUGGAGCCAGUAUCAACGCACGACGAGACUUCAUCAUCCGACAGAACCAAGGACGAUGAUGAUGGAGGAGCCUCUGAUGAUGACAGCGACGAUCGUGUCGAUCCCCAACAUCAUGAUCCUGAGCGGUUAAAGGCAUUUAAUAUGUUCGUCCGCCUAUUCGUCGACGAAAACCUCGAUAGGAUAGUUCCUAUUUCAAAGCAGCCUAAAGAGAAGAUACAGGCCAUCAUAGAUUCGUGUACCAGGCAGUUCCCAGAAUUUGCUGAGCGCGCCCGCAAGAGAAUCAGAACUUACUUGAAGAGUUGCAGGCGUAACAAGAAGGUUCGAGGAGAUGGACCGACUACAGGCAAUGGCGGGAACACUCCAUCAGGCAACGCCUGGGACACAGCGGUGCGUCCGACUCCCGCGCACUUAACGUCUGUACAAGCUGAACAUAUCUUGGCGCAGGCGUGUGAGAACGAGAGCCUCAACGCGAAGCGGAUGCGGCUAGGCCUGGAUCCAGUCAGCCAGCCCAUGCCGACCGUGCCUACUCCUAUGGCCAUAGACACGACGGCGACAUCAUCAUUCCUGAACCUGUACAGCGGUGCAAUCAGCAGCCCAGCGUCCACCACCACUACGACAGCCCCAGGACACAGCAAGGCUGCAGCGGACACCACCAGGCCAUCAAACAGUCCCACCAUGGAACCACUGCUGAAUAACAACAGCUUGAAGCUUGAUAAUGCGAAUGGCAACACUGGCAGUAAGACUGCUAGUUAUUUAAAUUCCAGUCCAGCUUCGUCACCAGCCCCGCUGUUCAGACCAUCUUUCCCAUCCACUUUUGGCAACCCACCGUCUUUUGGCAGACAAAACUCAUCGACAAGCCAGUCAUCUGCGCUGUCAAAUACAGCAUUACUGUCGACUCUUACAGCUUUGCCACCAACUGGUGUCGGAGUUAACGCGGCAAUGGCAGCGUAUCAGAGCGCUCUGUUAUCAGCAAUGGCUGCGCACACACACACAUUUCCUAAUAUAACGGCUCCAACAGAUCUGUCACUCAAGACAUCGACUACAACUCUCCAUUCCACAUCCACGCCAUCCAUAACAGGAACCAGCUCACAAAAAUCUCUAUUGUCUCACAAACUCUCUGGAUCCGAAGUAGGCGCUGUUCGACAAUUGAUCACCGGAUACCGUGAGUCCGCAGCAUUCCUCCUCCGAUCUGCUGACGAACUGGAAACUCUACUUUUGAACCAGCCCUAGGGAAUGUCGAAUUACCUCGGAUUCAGAUUCGGGUACUUUUGAACUUGUCAAUUUGACUGCUGACAGGUGCCAGUUUUAUAUUCUCGAGUUUUAAAUUAUAGACUAAAAAUUCAAAACAAAGACAUUUAGAAUACUUUGAAUUUUUAAAUUCGAUUUUGGAACACUUGGAAAGAUUUGACGGGAUUUGUUUAGUAGUAUUAAAAGCAAAUGUCAAUAUAGCCUCCUUGGCACAGAACCUCAAUUUUCUGGAACUUGACAAUUUAGUUUGACAUUUGACUCAUUAAAGUAUUGUAUAAAUGUUUUCGGUGAAGUACCUCAUAAAGUAUCUCGUCCUACUCGUGACCUGAAGGUCACAAUUAAUUGUAAUAAGGAUUGCUACGCUUUUAAAUAUUUCAAUGCUACCAACCUUGCUACUAUCUGAAAGUUUAUCAAUUUGACUAUUAGGAUUACGAGUUACAAGGAGCAAAGACAAAAAUCACUUUACGCUAAGCCGCUGUAGAACGUAUAGUGGAGUCACGUGAUCUCUUCUAUGUGCGUAGUCACUUACCGCAAAGUAUUUUUGUCUAUGCAAGUCCAUCUGGCGAAGAAGUUGCCAUAAAGUGUUGCCAUUUAAAACUCGUUUCGAAGAGUACAAAAUUAUUUUGUGUAUAUUUAGAAUUAAGAAAAAAUCAGGGAGUUUUUUAGCGUAAGGAAAUUUGGAUUUCUUGCCUGGUGCGUUAGUUUAGGAUAAAUUGGCUGAUUACCUCCACUCAAACCUUUCGAUACAUGGCAUAGAGUAUAGAAGAGUUUACAUAUUAUGGCAUUCUAGGUGUAAGGAGCACGAAUUUAUUUGUUGUUUUGUAUUAUAUUUAUAGUUCUCUAGUUGUAUUUAUAUUCGAUUAAUAUAUUCUUAUAAGUUUUUCAUUUACGGUCAAGAUUGCUCCAUCCAAAAUGUCUUUAGCUCGGCAACACUUAUACAUGUAUUGUUGAUUUGUCCACAGACAAUAUAUUUCACGUUCCUUUAUUCUACCUACUUACUAUAGAUAUCUGUAGUAAUUUUAAUGUUGUAUGUGACACUAUAAAACCUAUUGUUCUGUUAUAUUGAAACAAAAAAAAAUUAGGCCCGUAAAGCCCAUUCUGUCAAAUGCGUCAAACUUCUACCAUGUUUGACAGCUGCCAAAACUAAAUAUAAUCGUGUGACAUUUUAGGGUUACGGGCCUUCGUUAAAACUUAAAUCAAGUGGCUUAAUAACUCCAUGUUUUAUGCGUUAAGUGUUGCCUUGCGUAAUUAUUUGCUCAGUACUAUAUUUGUGUAUACUUGUUACCAUAGACGUGGCCAGGUACUAGAUAAGAUUAAAUUACGGCUUAUGGUGUACAAAAUAAGUUCCAUUUUAAGUAUUUUUGUCUUUGGCCUAAUUUUUGUUAGUUUGUGUUAUUUGUGUUGAUAUUGGAUUUUGAACGUUGGAGCGACUAUUUAAGACUCGAAUUCUUAAAUCAAAGUGAUAUUCAGACUAACUGGUUAACAGCUCAGGAAAAGUGUAUUCAAGUUUCAAAAGAAAAACUGUUUCUAAGUUUUUUCUGAGAGCAGUGUUGGCCUAGUGGCUUCAGUGUACGAUUCUCAUCCCUGAGGUCGUAGGUUCGAUUCCUGGCUGAACAUCAAUGGACUUUCUAUGUGCGCAUUUAACAUUCGAAUGAUGAUGGAAAACAUUCGUGAGGAAAUGCUGUCUCACACCAAAAAGAUGGCUGAUCACCUUCAUUCACCACAUCAGCUAGAUACAAAAAUCUGAGGCCCAGACUUAAAAUGGUUGUAGCGUCACUGAGUUUUUCUCUAACCUCGAAAUCCAAUAUCGGUUAUUUUAAACCAGCCAAUGAGGGCAAAGGAUAUUCAAGAAUCUAAUUAUAUUGCUGUCUCGCUCAUGCGAAGCAAAAUAUAUACCAAUGAAUGAGACAGCUAUAUUAUAACUGUUUAUAUUGUUUUAAGACGUAUGUUUUGGCCAGUUCUUUACAAUAAUAUAGGAUAAUAGAUUUUGUUAAUUUCUAACACAAUAUGUACUUAAUAGAAUAAUUCAAUUACAAACGCUUUAUUACGUUGCUACUGGUUCAAAUGGUCAAAGAUUUUCAUUUGACAUAUACCACAGAAAAUACAGAUUACUGAAUGUUUAUAGAUGAGAUAGAGAGCACAGUUUAUAUAAAAUAAACACACGGCAUGUACAGUUAAACGACUCUGUUGAAUGCAUAAAGCCUAGGAAAGUAGAAAGAAACUGAGAACUCCUGUCGAAUAGAAUUAUGUACGGUUUGAGGGACAGGUGUUUUAAGAUUCAGCAAUAUAUUAGGCCCAUAAAGACUGGAAAAUGGAUGGAAAAUUCUGUUUAUAUGUCAAUGAAAAUCUAACCUACAAAUAAUCGUAUGAUAGUUUCACACUUUGCCAGUUUUCACAAUAGCUAAGACGCUUACAGCCAGUUUGAGAAAUUGUAAAUCCACUUUUGAAUAUUAAAAUUGCCAAAGAGUUGACUUGACGGCCUAUCCACGAACGGAAACUACCUACUUUCACUAAAUCUAAGUAAACUACUGUUUUGUCUCUUUAUGUCACAUUGUGUUUGCGCUGUGAUGAAAAGAGAUGGAUGGCAGAACGGAGUUGUUGAAUUUUCUGGAUUUGUAAAGAAAUUUUUACAGAAAUAUAUAGAAAUAUCUUUUAUUUGAAAUAGUGAAAUUCGAUAAUUUAAUCCAUUUUUUUCUUUAAUAUCUCAAUCAUUAUAGAAGUCUGUCACUCAAACGAGCUGUCAUAUUUGAAAUUGACAAUUGACAUACUUGACAGUGAUUUUAUGAAAACAAUUCCGAUCGUGUAUAGACCUUUGUGUGUAUGUGGACUUGCUUUUUCGUGUUAAUCUUAAGUAGUUUACGUUAAUUCCGAUAAUUUUCGAAAAGUUCGGUGCAUAGAGACAUGUAGUAUUGUAAAUUGAUUGUAAAAACGAUUAGUUAUAAAAAAGUUUAUAGGUAUAUUGUUGGCAAAAUCGAAAACGACAGUGAAAAGUUAAAAUGAAUUUGUUAGACAUUAUAUAUUAGAGAUGUUACAUGAGUUAUCGAUUAGUUUGAGAGUAAUAAAAAUCAUUGUUAAUAUUACUGAGGUUUAGUUAUAAUUUUGCAGUUUCAAAAUGUGAGUUUUACAAUUUUGAAAAGAAAAUAUUAAAUAUGCUCGUA